ACAGCCGUCUUUCCCGACUACAUCUACGAGAAAAAUUUCUGGCCUAUCUUCCAUGACACUAUGUCUACACACUUUUACUCAGUGCAUCCAACUCCGGUUCAGAAUACAAUGGGUGGAACGCAACUGCACACGACACAGUCUGUUUUUUCACAUACGUUGAGCCAUCAGAGCAUCACUCAACAAAAUGAGACCCAAUGGUUGAGAAUGCCUCAGGUACCUCCAAUGACAAUGCCUUGGAGUAUAUCCGCCUUUCAACAACCGGAUCUGGUUCGAUUUACUGGCGAAAGGACUCCACAACCGUUCGAACCACUUAUUCAUCAGAAGCGCAAACUCGAAACACCUGACAUAGUCGAUACACAACCUACUAAACAAUUUAUUACUGAGGAGAAAAUGGCUCAGCACUUUCGAGGAUUGUAUAUCAGUAACAAUGUACUUAAUACACAAGAAUCUGUAUCGUCAACAUCGACGGCUAUUACUGGAGAAAUUUUGCCACAAGCUAGUGACACAAAUUUACCAAAUUCAUUAGGAAUAGAUGAAUUUGAUAGCGAGCCAAGGCUAAUUAUAUCGGACGAAGUUAAAAAACUGCAACAGGAGCCAAUUCUUCCAUCUAGUUUAUUAUCAAAAUUGGAGAGGCGUAGCAUGGCUUUAGUACUUUGGGAGCCGCCAAGCAAACAUUUAUGUAUGUUGUCAAUGCCUAGAGAUACCGAAAGCGAGAAUCCAUCUUCCAAUGACAAUAAUAAUAGCACCUCCAUUAGCGCAAACAACAACAACAACAACAACAACAACAACAACAACAACAACAAUAACAAUCAAAAUAACAAUAACAAUAACAACAACAACAACAACAACAACAACAAUAACAAUCAAAAUAACAAUAACAAUAACAACAACAACAACAACAACAACAACAAUAACGAAAGCAUUCCAAAUUUGAAUCAAACAAUGGAAGUAAAUAAUAGUGAUCCAACUUUAGAACUUAUGGAUCUUUAAUCUUUCGUUAAAUACUAAUUGAUAUUGAUUUUUCAUCUAUCAUCGCAUCAUAAGUUUAUUCAAUUUGUAUAUUAUUAUAUAUAGACUUAAGAUAAACACUU